AUGGGUUCCUUGACACCCCUCUCUGACGUUUAUUCUGCCGUGUGUCUAUACCAAAACAGCUCAGAGUGCGUGCAAGCGGCAGGUAAGGGGCACGCGGUGGAUAGAUGUAUCCCACAUCUACUGGAGAAGCAUCAUAAGGACAUCGACACACUGAGAGGUCUGUGCAACCACCUGAUUGGCGAUGAGACAUACGACGACGUUUGGCUGCUGAGAUAUCUGCUGUCCAAUCAAAAGGUUAAGGACUGCGUAUCGCCCAUUGAGCGCUCCAUCAAGUGGCGAAAUAGCAAUGUAGAUAGGAUACUACUAGCGAAAGACCCCAGAGCCGAACAUCCCAUCUACCCAAAGAUAAAAGAGUAUGCAGCACACCCGUUGCAUGCACUAUAA